AUGACAUGUAGUCUAUAUGCUGUUGUCUUGCAGAUGAUAAAAGUAACUCCAGGCGUGGGGUACCGGAAAGAUGAUACUAACACACUUGAAUUUGCAAGCUACAAUCCAGCAGCUAAGGAAAACUUGAAGGAAGGAAAAAAUAUCCACUUUCAGGAAAUGCUUGACAAGACAUUAAAGAGCAUCUUCCAAGAUGAUUGGAGUACAACACUCCCUGAAAGAAGGCUGGCUGACAAGGAAGGGAAAUUGCAUAGGCUGUCCAAGUGGCUACAACACGAAUAUAUGACGUUGGAUGAUGUCAAAUAUGCUGCUUUGCUUUUGAAAGAGCAAGAGUCACAUCACAUGUUAUCAUUUGCAGUAGUUAUGAGGAAUGAGAAACUAGAUGAGUUCCUCAUGGCCCUGCUCUUCCACCUAUCUUUUUACCUGGAAAAAAUUGCCCUGGAAAAGAAAUGCAGAUCCUUGAUUUUGACUAUGAUAUUUUUAGAGAAGAAAGAAAUGGACAAUGUGUUGGUGAAGUUAGUGGUGGCCAGGAUUCACCUUGCCAAGGUGUACUGUAACCUUCUCCUCCUCGGAGGCAUGGCACAGCAGUGCCUCAUGCCUACUGGAAAGAGAAAAACAUCGUUGCAGAAAGAUUGGAGCUUCUUUGAGGGCUUCUACAACUUCUGCAGCUAUGUGGCUUGGCUUGUGUUCAGAUGGAAGCACUUCCAAAUUAACACGAUGUUUUCUAACAGGGUGGGCAUCACUGGAGCUCAUUGUAGUGAGCUAAAAUCUUUUAUGAGUAUGCCUGAUGGGACAAUGGAGGAGGAGGAGGAGGAAGAAGAACAAGAACAAGGAAGAAUAAGGAGUGUUUUUUCCAUCCUGACAAACUACCUCAGUCUGCCGCCUCUGAGAAGCCCCUGA